UUGAGAUUAGACUGGGCGAGAUCGACGCGGCGGUUAAAAAUAAAAACUUUAUUCUUGGCGACACUAAAAAAUUUUUUUAGUUUCCGAAUUAUUUGGUCGACUCGCCAUUUACUUUCGCCAAAACUAGUUUCAAACGUUUCGUUUUGUUUAACCAUGAAUUUUAGAUAAAAAGUGAACCUCUAUUUGUUUUUUAUUAUUUGUAAUUAAGUGUUUAAAGCCCGAAAAUAUUUGUAAAACGUUAGAACGGAAUUGAUUCGAAAAUUAAAAUACAAAAAGUGCUAAAAAUGCGGCGCUUCUCGUUUUGGGCCUUAGUGGCACUGGUGCUCCUUUCCAUUUGUUGGCACGAUCGACAAGCGUUUGCAGAAGAAGGUCCUACGGAAUCUGAAUGCCGACCGUACAUUGAAAAAGCCUUGCACGAGUUAAAAGCUCCCGAAUUAGACAGUAAUCCAUUAGAUAGUAGUGAAAAUGCAGAACGAAACGAUUCACCGGAGCAUCAUGAUGCAAGUGAAACGGAUGAGAAAGAUGGAAGUCAAGAAGAGGAUAAUCCGCCUGAUGGAAGUCAGGAGCAGAAUGAUGCGCCUGAAAGUGAUGAGAAGGAUAACGAGGAAGAAACUGGUGGCAAAUCAGCAGAAGCUUCAAACGAAGAUGAAGCUGAUAAUGAAGCGGCGGAGUCUGCAGACCAAGACGAUGGAUCAGCUGAAGACACCGAGGAAGCAGAUCAAACUAAAGAAGAUGAUGAUGAUGCAGAAGAUGCAGAAAAAGAAACUCAGUCGAAAGAAAGUGAAUCCAAAGAAGCUACUUCUGACGAAAAUGCAGAAAACGUUAUUGAUGACGAUAACGACAAUGUAAGUGCAAACGAACAAGAUGACACGAAAGAAGAAGGCGAUGCCGACGAUGAUGAUAAUGAUGAUGAUAAAGAUGAUACCAAAGAAGACACAGCUAGUGAAGAAGAACCUGAAAAGUCCGCCGAACAGGCAGAUGACAAUGAUAAGACUGAUGAAGAUGAGGAUGAUAAUGACAGCAAAGCUGAGGUAUCGGAAGAUGACGAUACCAAAGAAGACGAUGAUCAAAGUACAGAAGGGGAGGCCGGAGAUGCUGAUUCGAAAGAAGCUGAUGAUAGUAAACAAACAACCGAAGAUACUGAGGAAGACAAUGAUGACAGCAAAGAGAAAGGGGAUAAUGAGGAAUCAGGAGAAGCCGCUGAUAGCAAAGUAGAAUCUGAUGACGACGAUUCCAAAGAAGAUGAUCAAAGUAAAGGUGACGAUGAGGCUACAGACUCGAAAGACGCUGAUGAUGAUGACGAUGGUGAUGUUAAGUCAAAGGCUGAUGACACUGAAGAAAAUGAAACAAAGGAAGAUACUAAAGAAGAUACAGAAGAUUCUGAGGAAACUGAAGGAAAAAGUGAUGAAAAGGAUGAUGAAGAAAGUGAUGAAGCUGCUGCUGCUAACAAAGAUGAUAGCGAUGGUGAUAGUACUGAGGCCGUUAAGGAAGAUGACGAUGAAGAUGAUGACGAAGAAUCUGAGGAAACUGUACCAGAGGACGAUUUAAUGCAAGAAGAAAUUGUUUCCCAAAAUCUCCGCGAUCGAAGCCAUAUAAGUGAAAUUCUCUAUUUGGAUGACGAAGCUAAAGAAAAAACCAUUGAUCACGUCGCUGAGAUUGUCCUCCGUGAUUUGAAACGCAUUUAUGAAAAUGCGAUUAAGCCAUUGGAAGUGACCUAUAAAUAUCGCGAUCUCAGUAACCGUCAUUUUGGUGACUCAGAAAUUUUCUCCAAACCUUUAGUACUUUUCAUGGGUCCCUGGAGUGGUGGAAAAUCCACUAUUAUUAAUUACUUAACUGGAAAUGAAUACAAAGAGAACGCCUUGAGAUCAGGCGCUGAGCCAUCACCAGCAUACUUUAAUCUCCUGAUGUAUGGAGAUGAGGUUGAAGUCUUGGACGGAACACAGCUAGUGGCUGACUGGACUUUCUCUGGAUUGCAGAAAUUCGGUCAGGGUCUUGAAGAACGUUUGCAUGGACUUAAAUUGCCAAACAGUUUGUUGAAAAAGGUCAACAUUGUGGAGAUUCCCGGUAUCCUUGAAGUCCGAAAACAGGUCUCUAGGGUCUUCCCGUUCAACGAUGCCUGCCAAUGGUUCAUCGACCGAGCAGAUAUCAUCUUUUUGGUAUACGACCCAACAAAAUUGGACGUUGGACCCGAAACUGAAGCUAUCCUUGAUCAACUGAAAGGCCGUGAAUACCAAACCCGUAUUCUUCUCAACAAAGCUGAUAGGAUCAAACCCGAAGAACUCCUUCGAGUUCAAAGCGCACUCGUCUGGAAUAUUUCCCCACUCAUGUCUUCAGCGCAGCCACCUGCAAUAUACACUGCGUCCUUGUGGUCUCAACCAUACGAAGCUGGUGCACCGACGCGUCUCUUGCAAGCUCAAGAGAAAGCGUUUUUGAAGGAUUUGCGCACAGCUAUCGACAAGCGUAUUGAAAAUAAAAUCGCCAGUGCUCGUCGCUUUGCGGUUCGUGUACGCAACCAUGCUAAGAUGGUUGAUUGCUAUUUGACCACAUACUACAACCACAAGUCCUUGUUCGGCAACAAGAAGCGUAUUGCCGAUCAAAUCAUUGACAACCCGCAAAACUACCAUAUUUACGAGGGCCUAUCUACCCUGACGAAUAUCUCACGAUACGAUCUUCCCGACCCGGAAGUUUAUCGUGACUUUUUCCGUUUGAAUCCUUUAUAUGAAUUCAAAAAGCUUUCGGAAACCUGCACAUAUUUCCGAGGUUGCCCAAUUAACAAACUUGACGUUGCUAUUGCCUACGAUUUACCGGAAUUGAUUGGAAAAUACAAGAAAAUGGUGGAGACCACGCUACCGAAGGUCGAGGCCUCCGACACGAGCUAAAACGCGCCCACAGACAGUUUGUACUUAGGCAAUGUUACAGUAAAAAUCUAAACUCGAUUAGCUUAGGAGACAGACAUACAGCAUGUAAAAUUUACGCCAAGAGAAUUACUUAUUGUUAUUAAAGUGAGAUACGCUUAGAAAAUGUUCGGAGACAUAAACAUUAAUUUUAAGUUUAAUAUCGAGAUUUGAUCGUAUAUUUUACGAAGGAAAAACAUUCUCAAACCAAGAAUUUCGUUGAACAGGUUGUGCAAUUUCUAGAUGUCGCAUGUACACCAAUAAUAAUUACUUUGAAUGUUCGUUGAAGUCGCGUCUUAGGUUCGAUACAUGAAAAGUAUUUAUGAUCACUGCUAAAUCGAGUAUGUGUGUGUUAAUAUUCCCAACUUUCUUCUUGUCAUUAUUGAGCAUUUAUUGAUUAAAUAUUUAUUCUUUGUUUCUUCCCUGCUAUGUAUACCCCCACCACGGUACUUGUACUCUUUGUUAAAGCGAAAUGCGUACUUAACUCUUCCGGGAAUCCUCGUGACUACCGCCAAUAAUGUUUGACGCAGAAAUCUGUGCUGACUUUAUGUAGAUAGGAGAAUAUAUUUAGUAUUGUAUUGUUAAUCAAACAAUUCAAAUACAUGUUCGUCAUUGGUAACUAUUAAACAAUAAAUAUAUAAAUAUACCAAAUAUGGAGUGUG